AUGUUAGUAUUCGAUGAGAUACACAAUGCUGUUAUUGCAGACUCUAGUGGUUUUUACUUCAUUUAUGGGCAUGGUAGGUGUGAUAAGACAUUUAUUUGGAAUGAACUUUCUUCUGCUAUUUGGUCUAGAAGAAAGAUUAUUUUAAAUUUCGAAUCCAGUAUAAUUGCAUCGUUACUCCUACCCGGUGGUAGAACGGCUCAUUCUAAAUUUUCAAUACCCAUUACAAUCACUGAUGAAUCUACUUGCAACAUUAAGCAUGACAGUUUGAAGGCUGAGUUGCUAAUCCAAAAUAGCUUAAUAAUUUGGAAUGAAGUUCUAAUGCUCAAUAAAAUGUGCUUUGAAGCACUUGGCCAAACGCUCAGGGAUCUUAUGUCAGUUACUGAUCAAUAUAAGACACAUCAACCAUUUGGUGGUAAGGUUGUGGUUCUAGGAGGUGAUUUCAGACAGAUACUUCUGAUGAUUUCGAAAGAGAGUAGACACGAUAUAUUGUCAUCAUCUAUUAACUCAUCCCAUCUGUGGUUGUUCUGUAAGGUUCUUAAGCUACAUACAAACAUGAGGCUUCUAAUGUCUUCUUUGGGUCAACAAAAUGGUGAAAUGAAGAGAUUUGCUAAUUAG